AAGAUAAAUAAGUUCUUAAGAUUGCAAAACGAACUUUUCCUUUAACGAACCCCUCAAUGUAACCAAUUAUGUUCGUUAUUCAAGGGUCCACUGUACCUUUCUGCUCUAUUUCCUGCCACAGUGAGAUGUAAAUUUCCUUUGUACUGUUUGGUGGGGUGUAUACUACUCCCAGUUCUACUGACUGUGGUCCUUCCUUAAUAUCUACCCAUAUCGACUAUGUUUUGCUAUCUUUUUUAAUUCUACUAUUAGUACAACACUGUAAUGUGUCCCUAAUGUAUAAUGCGAUGCCUCUUCCUCUCCUGUUUUCCCUGUCUUUAUGGAACAGUGUAUAACCAUCUAUCUUAACCUCUGGAUUAAAUACUUUCCCUGACAUAUCUAAUCAAGUUUCUGUUAAAGCAAUGAUAUCAAGUUUCUCUACACGCCAUUCCCCUAAGCAAGUCUAUUUUAUUCAAAAUACUUCUACAGUUUUUAUAGUAAACACUUAAGCUAUUUAUUACCUUCUCUGAGCUAGUUACCUUUCUAGAUUUAACUAAUUUGUCUUUCAUUUUGACCUCAUAACCUCUUCUUCCCUACUGACUGAUGAAAAAAGCGCUGGAGUCCAGUUACUUCCCACUCGAGUAUUGUGGCCUAAACCCAGGCACCCUGGCAUGAUAAAUGCACUCCAUCCCGGAUUUACAAGGAAUCCCUACUCUAGAAGAGGUCCCAAUUGUUGAUGAAUGUCUAUUCAUUACUUACAAUGAUUCAUGAGCCUGCAAUUCACUGUAAUAGCCCUGGACAGCCAGUCACCACUAACGCCCUCCUCAGCAAGACUCCACAUACCACAGGAAUCCCUCCCUUGUCCCUAGUCCUCUCCAGAACCUGUCAAAACUUCCCGAACAGCUCCUCACUCCUGACCUUACCAAGGUCAUUCCCUCCCACAUUGAGAAAAACAAUGGGCUUGGUCCAAUAAUUUUCCAAGUGUCUAGCCUAUCAGCAACCUUCCCUAUCCCACGCUCCCAGCAAACACACCCUUGACCUACGCUUCCUGUCUCUGACACAAAACGCACUAUCUAAGUGCCUAACCUGACUAUCACCAAGCACAAGCACUCUACCUUGGGGCAGGUUAACUGUGACUGCAAGAUGAUACAGUAAAAUCCCUCUCAUCCGGCAUUCAAGUAUCCGGCACAUUUUUCCCCAAGCCUUAAAAUCAAUAAAAAAUCAAUGUGUCCUCAUAAAAUUGAUUAAAAUUCCUGCACGAGGCAUACUUUGUCCCCUCGCCAGAGCGCACUGCUUCGCGCCAGCCACGGCCCACUGCACUGUGUUUACUCAGUGACUCAGUCCUGCGUGUGCACUGUUUAUCGCCUGACGCCUUCAUCAUGCCCAAAGUUGUAGAAAGAGGAAGCAUGUUGUGCUUACACUUAAGCAGCUGAUCAGAUCAGCUGCUGAUUAAGAUCAGCUGAUCUUUGUUAUGGUGACUGGCCUCAUGCCUUCCGCCAUGUGCCUCGCAGAAAGCUCCAGUUACCUCCUUGGAACCAGCAAAUAAAGGAAGAAGCGUUACUAAAAAAGAUACAACGGAGACAGAGAAGUUCAAGAAACCACUAGUGGUCAUCAAAAGUGGUGAUAGUCAAUCUGGUUCCUUACUGCAUCCCAAAGUGCAUAAAUUGUUUUGAAGGUGGGAAUGGAGAGGCCACCUAAAUUCCACAUCUAGUCUUUUGCUUCACUGCUUCUGUCUAACAUCUAACAAGAACACUCAACUUUCUCUUCAACCUCAACAACUGGUGACCCCUGGACAAGAAACUACUCUUCAGCAAUGGAAGAAGAUACCAAGCCCAGCAAUGCAAAACCAACCGUUUCCACCGUCACAGUGAAGCUGUCACCCUUCUGCGCCAGUGAGGCUGCAUCAUGGUUUCGGCGAGCAGAAGUUCAGUUCCGACUGAGGAAAGUUACAAGCCCUCAAACCAAGGCCGACUAUGUACUGGAAGCCAUCCCUGAGACAAUUUUUCCUCGCAUCACAGCAUGGCUGGACAACCAGGACAAAGAUGUCAUCGACGACCUCAAGCAGUAUCUCCUUCAAAGAGUUCACGAUCUCCGUCAGCGCCUGGCUCCGACGUCUUCUAAAUCUUCGUCUAACACCUCUGGGAGACACCACAGCACAUGCAGCAUGGAAUGAGAUGCAAGCUCUAGCUACACUACUUGAACAUGACUCUACUACUGGCAAACCACAGCGGGUAGACUUGCUGUGGGAGCUGUGGCUGCAACGUCUUCCCUCAUCUGUGAGAGCUGCCCUACACGAAGCUGAUGACUGCCCCGUGGAAGAGCUCAUAAAUAAGGUGGACAAUCUUAUCAAUACCGCAAAAGCGUCCUGUGCCCCCAACACUAUCUGCCCUGCCUUAGUUGACAACCUGCCCAACACCAAUGCUGCCAGGCCACCUGUUUGCAAGUGGCUGCCCGACAACCAGACGUGCAACUGCAAACCAGGAGUUUCCAGCCAACAUGGACAGCAUGGACUGUGCUACUACCAUCACAAAUUCGGAGCUGGAGCUUGCAAAUGCACCCCAGGUUGCCAGUGGCCAAAAAACUGUUAAUGAGGCCACCACUGACCACAGCAGUGGCCUCUUCGGACCCCAAGCCUGGGAAUAUCAAUGCGCUUGCUUUACCAGCCUCUGGUUUCUUCAUCACAGACAUCUUAUCUGGCCGUAAGUUUCUGGUGGACACAGGCACUUUUUGUUUCCUGUUUCCAGUCACAGCAGAGGACAGAAACUGCCCUUUGACACACUGAUUAGACAUCAAGCUCAUCGCAGCCAAUGGAAGUACAAUUCCCACCUACAGCACCCGCACCAUCCCUAUCCAAGCAGCCGAACGCAGCUUUUCUUGGGAUUUCGUCAUCGCUGAUGUCAAGACGCCUCUCCUAGGAGUGGAUUUCCUGAGUCAUUAUGGAUUGCUCAUUGAUGUUGCCAACCAUAAAUUGCUGGAUGUAGCAACAUUCCGCUCAGCUCCUCUUGGCUCCCACUGCCGACACACAGAAAUCUGUUCAUUGAGAAUAGAUAUCCUUUACGACAUGCUCAGACAAGAAUUCCCUGAAGUAUUCCGCCUAGAACUCCAUCAGCAGCAUGGUCACUCAUCAAAACAUGGAAUUUUCCACUACAUCAAAACAACGGACCCCCCCAGUUCAUUCCAAGUUUAGACAGCUAUCCCCUGAAAAACUUCAAGCAGAAAAACAAGCUUAAGCCAACAUGGAACAAAUGGGCAUAUGUCAGAAAGCCUCAAGUCCAUGGGCAUCUCCUCUUCACCUCGUCAAGACAGCUGAUGGCACCUGGCAGCCCUGUAGCGACACUACAGGCAACUUAAUCUUUUUACAGAACGAGAUCACUGGCAAUUCCCAACAUGGCAGACCUUAUCUCCAAUCGACAUGGGGCCAAGAUUUUCUCCAAGCUUGAUCUCCUGAAAGGGGUAUUUUCAAGUUCCAGUUUACCUCAAAGACAUACCCAAGACAGCAGUCAUCACACCCUUUGGGACUUGCACAUUCAAUUACUCCACUUUUGGUCUUCGAAAUUCAGGGGCAACCUUUCAGCACCUAAUAGAUGGCAUCCUCAGAGACCUUCCCUUCUGCACCUGCUAUGUGGACAACAUACUGAUCUUCUCCAAGAACUCAGAGGAACAUCUCCAACAUCUCCGAACUGUUCUGCAGCAACUACAGGACAACGGCCUGUUUGUGCAUCAGAACAAAUGCCAGUUUGGCGCUACAUCAGUGGAAUUCCUUGGACACCAGAUAUCAUCCACCAGUGUCUCCCCCCUUUUGGGUAAGGUGCAUGCUGUUUCAAAAUUUCCUUGUCCCACCACCAUCAAAGGACUCCAAGAAUUCAUCGGUAUAGUAAACUACUACCAUUGCUUCCUGCCGAACAUUGCCCAGAUCAUGGAACUGCUCUACAGUUCUCUCGUUGGCAAACCAAAAGAGCUGGAAUGGGGACCAAAACAGGAAUGAGCCUUCAAGGACACAAAGGCCGCCCUCACCUCAGCUACAACUCUUUCCUUCCUGUGCCCCAGCACUCCUCUUACACUGACCACAGAUGCGAGUUCUGUUGCUGUUGGAGCAGUCAUCGAGCAGACCAUCAAGGGUACGACACAACCACUGGGAUUCUUCAGCUGGGAACUCCGGCAAGCAGAAACAAGAUAUAGCACAUUCGACCAUGAACUACUGGCUGUCUACCUCGCUGUUCACCACUUCAAACACCUCCUAGAAGGAAUCCCAUUCACCAUUCGUACGGACCAUCGCAUACUGGUUCAUGCUUUCUCCAAACAGGGUGAUGCUUGGUCAGACCAACAAUGGCCAGCACCUCUCCAGCAUUGCUGAGUUCAAUUGCACCAUUGAAUACACCCCAGGAAAGAUGAAUCUGGUGGCCAAUGCCCUCUCAAGAGUGGAAAUAAACUCAGUCUACCUCGGAAUCAACUAUGAAGAGAUAGCAACUGCUCAAGAGAAUGACCCUGAGACUGCAGCCUACCGCACUGACAUAACGAGUCUGCGAUGGGAGGAUGUUGCCUUCGGAGACAGGGGCCAUACCAUCCUCUGUGAUGUUAGCACCGGUUGUCCGCGACUUCUCAUCCCGGAGCCCCAACACAGCAAAAUCUUCAAUGUUGUCCAUGGUUUGCCACACCUAUCUGGAUACUCAACUGCCCAUCUCAUAAAGGAAAAAUUCAUUUGGCACGGAAUGAAUAAGGACAUAAGGCAAUGGGCCCAAUGCUGCAUUACCUGCCAGACAAGUAAAGUUGGCUACCACACUGAGUUGGGGAUAGGAGACUUCCACCAGCCCAAGUGUCAUUUUGGACAUUCACAUCAACAUGGGUGGCCCACUUCCACCAUCAGAUGCCUCACAGUACCUCUUCACCACUACAGAGUGUUCCACACACUGGCCAAAAGCAAUACCCAUGACAAAUGCUACCGCACGAGAUUGCGCUGAGGCCCUCUUACAUGGAUGGAUCAGCUGCUUUGGUGUUCCAGACGACAUUACUUCUGACUGGGGCCAUGCCUUCAUCUCUCAGCUGUGGACGUCCCUGGGAGAGUUGAUGGGGACAAACAUCCAUUGCACCACGGCCUACAAUCCAGCAACCAACAGCAUGGUGGAGCGGACCUACCGCACCCUAAAAGCUGUGCUGAUGGCACACUGUACCUGACCAGAUUGGAAGGCCCAACUACCCUGGGUCCUCCUUGGGAUGCGGUCAUCACUGAAGGAGGGACUGCAUGUUUCCCCAGCCGAGAUGGUUUUUGGAGAAGCUCUUGUUGUUCCAGGAGAAUUCUGUCCAUCAUCCAAUACAGCCGUUGAUGACAACAAUCUCGCCAGACUACGGCACACCGUGGGGAAGUACCAGUCAUGUGUUCAAACACACAAGACAUCGCCUCCAUGAUACUUCCCCAAAUCACUAAACUCCUCUAAGUACGUCUUCGUAAGGUACAACGCUUACAAACCACCCCUCACUUGCCCUUACUGGGGACCCUACGCCACCCUAGAAUGUAACUCCGUAGGCAUUUUGCAUCAGUAUAGCCAGAGGCAGUGACUGGGUGUCAAUCAACCACUUAAAACCUGCCUACCUUGAGGAAGAGGAUUCCACGCCUAUAUUGCCACUUGUUGACAACCCAACUUCUACCUCACACCACCUGAGUGCAUGUCCUCCUGCACCAUCCCCUAAAGAUGGACCUUGCCCCACCUCGUCCCGCACUGGACGGCUCAUCCAACAGCCUGACCGUCUUGACCUCUGACCAGGCAGGGACUCUCUUGUUGGGGGAGUAUUUGUAAUGCUGUUUUAAGUCAUCCCUUCAGUACAGCAUCCUCGAAGAGAACAGAACAGUUUGGCAGUGACUAAAAACAAACUCACAAAAUCUCAUUAAUAUGCUUUUUCCUUGAUAGUUAAUUGUCCACUCAUCCCAUUCAAGUUUUACCUUUAUAUUCUAGAUUUUUUUGUUUUGUAUUUCAUUACAGUCAUCACCCAUAUUAUUCACUCACUGCAUUAUUUGCAUAGGUUUCAAGAUUUGUAUAUUUAUAUUUGGUAUUUGUUACAUAUGCUCAAGGUGCGAAUAAACCUCGUCCAACCGGAA